UUUGGCCAACUCGUUAUCAAUUUGAAUACAAAAGAUGGACUACGAUGCACUACAAAACUUGCCUCCAUGCGUUGCUAUAAAAUUUAAAACGUUUCUAGAAAAUCCAGACAUGCUUUAUGAACUAACAGGAUUACCGAAAACAAUGAUUGUAAAUUUGACCAGUAAAGAAGACAGAUCAGUGAAAGUAGAUUCAGCUGAAGAACUCCAACUUGUAACCGAAGAUCUCCUCCACAAACCACUUUUAUUCUAUUGUUUGGUACAACAUCAAAUAACUGAACAAAGUCCAUUUUAUACGGAAGUGAGGACAUGGAGAGCGUUGUAUGCCGUUCUCAUAAAUCCUUGGCAUCCAGCAAUUCAAGAAUUUUUACAGCGAUUAUUGACUGAAGCAAGUGAGCAUGUGAAUGCUGGAGAAAAAUUCUGUCUUAAGAUCAAAUUCGGAAAAUGUGUUAAAGACUGGUUUAGAAAAAAUGUAGAUGAUGGAAGUGAUUGUAAUGAAAAGAAAACGACACUGAGUGGUAUGGGACUACGUAUUUACAACUAUUCUACACCUCUGAAAGUCUGCAGUAAUCCGUGGAUGAUUGUUUUUUGUUUUCCAUGCUGGUUCUUGUUUGGAGGACCUUGUUACUUGGUGCAACGAAAAGUAAGAUUUUAUGAUAGAAGAGAAAAAUUAAGUGGUAUAUCUGUAUCAUUCUUAACAGAAGAGGCAGAGAAAAUAUGCACAAUGACAUCUCGUCGACGAAGAAUAAACACAAGAGCCGUUGCACCAAUCAAUGACUAGCAUUAUUAAGUGGGUUGUCAAGUUUUGUAAAAAAAUAUUAUAAUUGUGUUAUUGUAUCAUCUGAACGUACACUUUUGCUAAAAUCUAUCAAAGAGAUGUUAUAGUUACAAAACACGAACAGAAGUUUUCAGAGGAGAUUUAUUUCUACUUUAUUAUAAUUGGAUUUCCUUUUUUAUUUUUUUAUAUAUUGAAUUCUGUAGCACCAGUGUGAUAUUAGUGUUUCAUUUAUAAUUUAUUGGGUAAUCAUAUUGUUUAAGCUUCAGGGGUAUUUCUUUUGCUUUAUUACGGGUCGGAAUUUGUAUUCAAUUAUAAGUUUUACAUUUGUUUAGUAUGUAUAGAUUUGCUCGCUUUAUUUCUUAGUUCCAUACAUAUGAAUUUAUGAGAAUAAAAAUAAAAAACGCAUAA